UUAAAGCUGCUGAAUUUUCUGCUAGUAAAGCCAGCUUCUCUGCCUGCAGGUCUUACAUCAGGAGCCGAGCAGGACAGGAGACAGGGCUGGGGGGCACACAGGUGUCUGUGAUGGCUGACCAGAUCGUGGGGAUUCUGGAUGAGCUGAAAAAAGAAGAAUUUGAAAGGUUCACAUUUUAUUUAAAUGACGAGGUGCUACAAGAAUGUAGACCCAUUCCACAGGGUCAACUGGAAGGCAAAAAUGUGACAGGUGUCGUGAAAUUGAUGAAGAGUUUCUAUGGUAACAAUAUGGUGAAGAUCACACUGGAGAUCUUAAAGAAAAUUGAUCGAAAUGACCUUAUUCAGAGACUGGAGAGCAAUCCUAAAAUGGAUGAAUCCAUAAAAAGAGCCCAAAAUGACCUGAAGACUCAUCUCAGGAGGAAGUGUCAAUGCAUAUUUGAAGGUUUAGCAAAACAUGGCCACCAAAUCCUCCUCAAUAAGAUCUAUACAGAGCUCUACAUCACAGAGGGGGGAAGUGCGGAGGUCAAUAAUGAACAUGAGGUAAGACAGAUUGAGACAGCAUCCAAGAAACAAACCACACAGGAGACUGCAAUCCUCUGCAAUGACAUCUUUAAGCCCUUACCUGGACAAGAGAAACCCAGAACUGUGCUUACAAAGGGCAUAGCUGGCAUUGGGAAAACUGUCUCUGUGCAGAAGUUCAUUCUGGACUGGGCAGAAGGAAAAGCCAAUCAGGACAUUGAUUUCAUCUUCACUCUUCCUUUCCGAGAUCUGAAUUUGAAGAAGGAAAGAGCAUUCAGUCUGAUGCAACUUCUGCAGCACUGCUUUCCACAAAUGAAAGAGAUCAAAAGUGUUGAAGGUGAUGAAGUCAAAAUGGUGUUUAUCUUUGAUGGUCUGGAUGAGUGUCGACUUCCUCUAGAUUUCCAAAGCAACAAGGACUGCGGUAAUAUAACAGAGUCGUCAUCAGUGGAUGUGCUGCUGACCAACCUCAUUAAGGGAAAUCUGUUUCCCUCUGCUCUCCUCUGGAUCACCUCCCGACCAGCAGCAGCCAGUCAGAUCCCUCCUGAGUGUGUCCACCAGGUGACAGAGGUACGAGGGUUCAAUGACCCACAGAAGGAGGAGUACUUCAGGAAGAGAAUCAAAGAUGAGAACCAGGCCAGCAGAAUUAUCUCACACAUAAAGUCAUCCAGAAGUCUCUACAUCAUGUGUCACAUACCAGUCUUCUGCUGGAUUUCUGUUCAUGUUCUGGAGACAAUUUUGGGUAAAGCAGAGAAUGGAGAUCUGCCUAAAACUCUGACUGAAAUGUACACACACUUCCUGCUCAUUCAGACAAAUGUGAAGAAUCAGAAGUAUCAUGGUACCAAUAAGAUAAGCUCAAAGGAGAUGUCAGCAUCAGAUACAAAAAUCAUCCUGAAACUGGGGCAGCUGGCUUUUCUACAGCUGGAAAAGGGUAACCUGAUAUUCUAUGAUGAGGACCUGAGAGAGAGUGGCAUUGAUGUUAGUGAUGCUUCAGUGUACUCUGGGGUGUGCACAGAGAUCUUCAAAGAGGAGUGUGGGUUGUAUCAGGAGAAGGUCUACUGCUUUGUGCAUCUGAGCAUUCAGGAGUAUCUGGCUGCCUUGUUUGUGUUUCAUUCAUGCGUAAAUAAGAACAGAAAUGUACUCCGAGCAAAAAAAUCUCGCAUUGACAGAGUAGUGCUGUCUGAGUUACAUAGGAGUGCAGUGGAUCAGGCCUUAGAGAGGAAGAAUGGACACCUGGACCUUUUCCUCCGAUUCCUUCUUGGCCUCUCUCUGGUCUCUGUUGAGACUUUCUUAAGACACAAAACAAAUCCCAUUGUUACAUUCUUUCAAAGACUACUGACACAGACAGAAAGCAGAUCACAGAGCAUUGAGAAAACAGUCCAGUACAUUAAGGAGAGGAUCAGAAAGGAGCCUUCAGCAGAGAGGACCAUCAAUCUGUUCCACUGUCUCAAUGAACUGAAUGACAACUCUCUAGUGCAGGAAAUCCAGAGUUCACUGAGAUCAGGAAAACUUUCUGAUAAAAAGCUGGAACCAGACCAGUGUUCAGCUCUGGCCUUUGUGCUACUGAUGUCAGAGGAGAUCCUGGAGUUUGACUUGAAGACCUACAACACAUUAGCAGCAGGUCAUCAGAGACUGCUACCAGUAAUCAGGAACUGCAGGAAGGCCAAACUGAACAACUGUGAACUCACACAGAAGUGCUGUAAUAUUGUGGCCUCAGCUCUCCAGUCAUCAAACUCACCCCUGAGAGAUCUGGAGCUCAGGUACAAUAACCUGGGAGAUUCAGGAGUGAAGCUGCUCUGUGCUGGACUGAGGAGUCCAAACUGCAAACUACGGAGACUGGGACUGAACAACUGUGAACUCACACAGAAGUGCUGUAAUAUUGUGGCCUCAGCUCUCCAGUCAUCAAACUCACCCCUGAGAGAUCUGGACCUCAGCUACAAUAACCUGGGAGAUUCAGGAGUGGAACUGCUCUGUGCUGGACUGAGGAGUCCAAACUGUAAACUACAGAGACUGGGACUGAACAGCUGUGACCUCACAGAGAAGUCAGGUGAUAUUGUGGCCUCAGCUCUCCAGUCAUCAAACUCACCUCUGAGAGAUCUGGAUCUCAGCUACAAUAACCUGGGAGAUUCAGGAGUGGAACUGCUCUGUGCUGGACUGAUGAGUCCAAACUGUAAACUACAGAGACUGGGACUGAACAGCUGUGACCUCACAGAGAAGUCAGGUGAUAUUGUGGCCUCAGCUCUCCAGUCAUCAAACUCACCCCUGAGAGAUCUGGACCUCAGCUACAAUAAACUGGGAGAUUCAGGAGUGAAGCUGCUCUGUGCUGGACUGAUGAGUCCAAACUGUAAACUACAGAGACUGGGGAUACGGCAGUCACAGGAGCAUAGCUCUUCAGAAGAGAUGAGUUCAGAGAAACUAUCUUCCUCAAAAGAGUCUCUCCUGCGCACUCUGAUGAAGCUGAAGAAGACUGAAAAGUUGAAACUGUUUCAGAGCCACCUGAGUCAGGAUUGCCCCGAAUGCUUUAAGAGUCUGUCUGAAGAUCCUUCUGAGCUGGAUAAGUUUAGGAAGAUGAAGGAAUUGUUCAAGAGUCAUCAAAUUGAUGAAGAAUGCACUGAGAGAGAGCAAGAGGAUUCUAAGGCCCUGUACAUAGUUGAGAAGAUGCUGGAGACCUGUGGCAGUGAGAGGUCUCUGAAGAUCACACUCCACAUCCUGAGGAACAUGAAGCAGAAGGAUCUCGUCGACUCACUGGAGAGAGGUGAGCAGCUCAAUGAAUCCAUAAAAAGAGCCCAGCAGGCACUGAAAACUCAUCUGAAGCAGAAUUUUGAAUGCAUAUUUGAAGGAUUAGCAAAACAGAACCACCCAACCCUCCUCAAAGAGAUCUAUACAGAGGUCUACAUCACAGAGGGGGGAAGUGGGGAGGUCAAUAAUGAACACGAGGUCAGACAGAUUGAGACAGCAUCCAAGAGACAAACCACACAGGAGACUGCAAUCUUCUGCAAUGACAUCUUUAAGCCUUUACCUGGACAAGAGAAACCCAUCAGAACUGUGCUUACAAAGGGCAUCGCUGGCAUUGGGAAAACCGUCUCUGUGCAGAAGUUCAUUCUGGACUGGGCAGAAGGAAAAGCCAAUCAGGACAUUGAUUUCAUCUUCACUCUUCCUUUCCGAGAUCUGAAUUUGAAGAAGGAAAGAACAUUCAGUCUGAUGCAACUUCUGCAGCACUGCUUUCCAAAAAUGAAAGCGAUCAAAAGUGUUGAAGGUGAUGAAGUCAAAAUGGUGUUUAUCUUUGAUGGUCUGGAUGAGUGUCGACUUCCUCUAAAUUUCCAAACCAAUGAUGACUGCUGUGAUGUAACAGAGUCAUCAUCAGUGGAUGUACUGCUGACCAACCUCAUUAAGGGAAAUCUGCUUCCAUCUGCUCUCCUCUGGAUCACCUCCCGACCAGCAGCAGCCAGUCAGAUCCCUCGUGAGUACGUCCACCAGGUGACAGAGGUACGAGGGUUCAAUGACCCACAGAAGGAGGAGUACUUCAGGAAGAGAAUCAAUGAUGAGAACCAGGCCAGCAGAAUUAUCUCACACAUAAAGUCAUCCAGAAGUCUCUACAUCAUGUGUCACAUACCAGUCUUCUGCUGGAUUUCUGUUCGUGUUCUGGAGACAAUUUUGGGUAAAGCAGAGAAUGGAGAUCUGCCCAAAACUCUGACUGAAAUGUACACACACUUCCUUCUCAUUCAGACUAAUGUGAAGAAUCAGAAGUAUCAAGGCACUGAUGAGACAGACCCAAAGAAGAUGUCAGCAAUAGAUACAGAAAUCAUCCUGAAACUGGGCCAGCUGGCUUUUCAACAGCUUGAAAAGGGCAAUCUGAUAUUCUAUAAAGAGGACCUGAAAAAGAGUGGCAUUGAUGUCAGUGAAGCUUCAGUGUACUCUGGGUUGUGCACAGAGAUCUUUAAAGAGGAGUGUGGGUUGUAUCAGGUGAAGGUCUACUGCUUUGUGCAUCUGAGCAUUCAGGAGUAUCUGGCUGCCUUGUUUGUGUUUCAUUCAUACGUAAAUGAGAACAGAAAUGUACUCCGGGCAAAAAAAUCUUGCAUUGGCAGAGUAGGGCUGUCUGGGUUACACAGGAGUGCAGUGGAUCAGGCCUUAAAGAGUAAGAAUGGACACCUGGACCUUUUCCUCCGAUUCCUUCUUGGCCUCUCUCUGGACUCCAUUCAGACCCUCUUAGGAGGACUACUGACACAGACAGGAAGCAGAUCACCUGUACCAGACCCACAGACACAGACAGGAAGCAGAUCACCUGUACCACACACACAGACACAGACAGGAAGCAGAUCACCUGUACCACACACACAGGCACAGACAGGAAGCAGAUCACCUGUAUCAGACCCACAGACACAGACAGGAAGCAGAUCACCUGUACCACACACACAGGCACAGACAGGAAGCAGAUCACCUGUACCACACACACAGGCACAGACAGAUAGCAGAUCACCUAUACCACACACGCAGUCACAGGCAGGAAGCAGAUCACCUGUACCACACACACAGGCACAGACAGGAAGCAGAUCACCUGUACCACACAUGCAGGCACAGGCAGGAAGCAGAUCUGAUGGAGGAAGACAAAAAAAAAACUCCAUGUUUACCUUCUUUCAAAGACUAUGGACACGGACAGGACGCAGAUCAACUGUACCAGACCCUCAGACACAGACAGGAAGCAGAUCACCUGUACCAGACCUACAGGUACAGACAGAAAGCAGAUCAAAUGUACCAGACCCACAGACACAGACAGGAAGCAGAUCAACUGUACCAGACCUACAGGUACAGACAGAAAGCAGAUCAAAUGUACCAGACCCACAGACACAGACAGGAAGCAGAUCAACUGUACCAGACGUACAGGUACAGACAGAAAGCAGAUCAAAUGUACCAGAUCCACAGACACAGACAGGAAGCAGAUCAACUGUACCAGACCCACAGACACAGACAGAAAGCAGAUCAACUGUACCAGAUCCACAGACACAGACAGGAAGCAGAUCAACUGUACCAGACCCACAGACACAGACAGGAAGCAGAUCACCUGUACCACACACACAGGCACAGAUAGAUAGCAGAUCACCUGUACCACACAUGCAGGCACAGGCAGGAAGCAGAUCAAAGAGCAUUGAGAAAACAGUCCAGUACAUUAAGGAGACGAUCAGAAUGGAGUCUUCAGCAGAGAGGACCAUCAAUCUGUUCCACUGUCUCAAUGAACUUAAUGACAACUCUCUAGUGCAGGAAAUCCAGAAUUCCCUGAGAUCAGGAAAACUUUCUGAUGAAAAGCUGGAACCACACCAGUGUUCAGCUCUGGCUUUUGUGUUACUGACGUCAGAGGAGAUCCUGGAUGAGUUUGACUUAAAGACCUACAACACAUCAGCAGCAGGUUAUCAGAGACUGGUACCUGUAGUCAGGAGCUGCAGGAAGGCCAAACUGAACAGCUGUGACCUCACAAUGAGGUCCUGUGAUAUUGUGGCCUCAGCUCUCCAGUCAUCAAACUCACCCCUGAGAGAUCUGGACCUCAGCUACAAUAAUCUGGGAGAUUCAGGAGUGGAGCUGCUCUGUGCUGGACUGAGGAGUCCAAACUGUAAAAUACAGAGACUGGGACUGAACAGCUGUGACCUCACAGAGAAGUCCUGUAAUAUUGUGGCCUCAGCUCUCCAGUCAUCAAACUCACCCCUGAGAGAUCUGGACCUCAGCUACAAUAACCUGGGAGAUUCAGGAGUGGAGCUGCUCUGUGCUGUACUGAUGACUCCAAACUGUAAACUGCAGAGACUGGGGCUGGGUUGGUGUAAUCUCACAGAGGGCUGCUGUGAUGUUCUGGCCUCAGUCCUGCGUUCUUCUCACUCAGAGCUGAGAGAUCUGGAGCUCAGAGACAACGAGCUGCAGGAUUCAGGAGUGAGAGCGCUGUCUGCUGGACUGGAGGACCCACACUGUAAACUGCAGAGAACGGGGCUGUCAGGCUGUAGAGUCACACAGAGAGGCUGUGAUUCUCUGGCUUCAGCUCUGUGUUCAAACCCCUCACAUCUGAGAGAGCUGGACCUGAGAUACAAUCACCCAGGAGACUCAGGAGUGAGAGCGCUGUCUGCUGCUAAACUGGACACACUCACACUGCUUGUGGACCAUGGAGGAGAGAACAGGACCAAACCAGGACCCAGGAAAUACGGCUGUCAGCUCACACUGGAUCCAAACACAGCGUGCAGAGGGCUGUCUCUGUCUGAGGGGAACAGGAGGGUGACACACACAUGGGGGAGAGAGCAGCCAUAUCCUGAUCAUCCGGAGAGAUUUAAGUACUGGCCCCAGGUUGUGUGCAGAGAGAGUGUGUGUGAGCGCUGUUACUGGGAGGCUGAGUUCAGUGUGUCUGAGCGGGGGGAGGGGGUUUCUAUAGCAGUGACAUAUAAAGGAAUCAGCAGGAAAGGAGAGGGUUCUGACUGUGGAUUUGGAUUCAAUAAAAUCUCCUGGAGUCUGGAGUGCAGUAAACUCAGUGACUCUGAUAAACUCAGUUAUGCUGUCUGUCACAAUGAGAACCUAACAGACAUACCUGUCCCCCCCUCCCCCUACCGCAGAGCAGGAGUGUGUGAUGAUGCUCGUAGAGGAGUGUGUGUGUACAGGGUAGGAGUGUGUGUGGACCUUCCGGCCGGCACUCUGUCCUUCUACAGCGUCUCUGACUGUGACACACUGACCCUCCUGCACAGACUCCACACACACUUCACUCCACACACACCCCUCUGUGCUGGAUUUUAUGUGUGGAGGUCCUCCUCAGUGUCCCUCUGCCAACUGGAGUAGAGACACACACACACACACUCAUACACAUACACUCUCACACACACCCUUUCUCUCUCAUACUCAAACUCAUGCACACGCACUCACACACCUACGCACGCACACACUUGUGCGCACACACUCACACUCUUACACACACAUACACACUCUCACACCCAAUCACACACAUGCACACACUCACCUACACACAUGAACACACACAAUCUCUCGCACACACGAACACACACAUUCACCACUACACUCUCACGCGCGCACACACAUGCAUGCAUACGUACAUACGCUCAUAACCGUAUGCACACACACACACCCUUUCUCUCACACACACACACACACACACACAUAUUCACAUCCACAUACAUUCACACAAAUGCACGCACACACACACAAACACACACAUUCACUAGUGCACUCUCACGCGCACACACACAUACAUGCAUGCAUACGUACACACGCUCAUAACCGUAUGCACACACACCCUCUCUCUCUCUCACACACACACACACUCACAUCCACACACAUUCACACAAACGCACGCACACACACACAUACUCAUGCACUCACGCACACACACAUACAUGCGUGCAGAGACACAAACACGUGUCAACACACACACUCCUCAGUGUCCCUGCUAACUGGAGUAGAGACACACACACAUGCACACACACACACACACACAUGUGCACAUACACACUCGAACGCAUGCACACACACACACACAUAUAUACACACACUCAUAUACACAUACACACACACUCAAUCACACACUCACACACAUAUAUAAACACAAACACUCAUAUACACCUAGACCCUCACACACCCACACCUACACACACACACACAUUUACACACACACACUCACAUACACACACACACUUAUAUACACACACACUCAUACACAUUCACACACACACACACUCAAUCACACACUCACAUAUAUACACACACUCAUUUGCACCUAGACCCACACACACGCACUCACACACACCCUUUCUCUCUCAGUCAUGCACAUGCACUCACAAAUACACACUCAUGUUUACUCAUGCACAUGCACUCACACACCUACGCACGCACACUCUCUCACACCCAGUCACUCACACACACCUACACACGGACACACACAAUCUCAUGCACACACACACACACACGCAUGCAAACAUACACACGCUCAUACCCGUAUGCGAACACACACACACUCUUUCUCUCACUCAUACUCACAUACAGUAUACAGACACACACAUUCGCAAACGCAUGCACACACACACACACUCAUGCACUCACGCACAAACACAAACAUGUGUCAACACACACACAUUCUCAUUCCCAUACGCACACACACACGUAUAAACACACACAUUCUAUUACCUAUACGCACACACACACAUACUCAUGCACUCACACAAGCACACACAUGCAUACACAUACAUGCGUGCACACACCAUAUACACAUGUAUACACAAACAUUCUCAUACCCAUACAUAUACACACACACGUAUAAACACACACAUUCACAAAGGCACUCUCAUGCACACACACAUACACAUACAUACACUCAUUCUCUUGCACGCGCACACACUCAAAUACACAGUCUCACACACAUUCACACAAACGCACGCACACACACUUUCUCUUACCCAUACACACACGCACCCGUGUGCACACAUACUCAUGCAGUCAAUCAUACUCACACAUGCACACACACAUACAUGCGUGCACACACACACACACAUUCUCUUACCCUUUCACACACGUAACCCGGGCACACACACACACACACACACAUACUCACACACUCACACACAUGUUCACAUCAACAGUCACUCCCACAAACGUACACAAGCACACACACACUCACAAAUACACACACACAGAAACACACUCUCACCCAAUCACACACACACACACACACGUCGACACACUUGCAACCUUUCUUGAGCAAUGCCUUACCACUGCAAUUUCAGCUGUGCCAAAUAUUAACCUCAGUACAACUUAAACCCUGUACAUAAGAGUAUGAUCUUUUAGCAGGUUCAGGUUAAGCACUCGCUGUCUAAAUAUGAUUUUAUUUUAUUUUUUUUUUACAUUUUAAUACAUUUAUAUUGCAAAUGUUCAAGGUGUGUUUAUGUACUUUUGAUUAUUAAAACAUUAAUAUAACAUUGAGAGUAAUAAUGCCAAAAGAUGGCGGAGUGAAAUGUUUUUGAAGUAAUAAUUAUGUCUCCUGUAUCUGCAUCUUUGUAUAAAAGAAGCCAGUGGCAAACUCCUCCACUUAAAUGUGCAUUUUGCUAGUUUUUACAGUUGCUUUCAUUCAUUUUCACAAGAGUUCCAAUGUGCAAAUUUCUGUGGGCAAAUGCAGCUGAUAGAGAGAAUGCAGAAUGAUCACUGCAGUGUACUUAUUUCCUUUCAUUAAUGUAAACAAUGAGUUGAGUUUCCUUAAUUAUUGGAUCAUAUUGUUGUUUUUUUUACCUGUUGCUUUAAUUUUCUGUAUUUUCAGACAAUAAUCUUCAAUGAUUAAACCUGAAUUAUAAAAAAAUAUCAAA